UCAUGUCCACAGUCAUGGAGACUUCCCGCGGCCCUACCUAACAGUGGAGAGUGCUGCGAAGUUUUAUGAUAUCCCAAGGAUUGGAGUAUCAGAAAUGAUUGAGCACCCGGGUUGGACUUUCUUCCUUAUCGUGCUUGCUCUGGUUUUACACGUGUCGGCGCUCCCAGCUGUGGUUAAAGUGGGUGCUCUUUUUACCGAAGACCAGAAAGACAGUCCAUCUGAGCUUGCUUUCAAGUAUUCAGUACACAGAAUUAACAAUGAUAAGACACUCCUAGCAAACACAACUCUCGUAUACGACAUACAGCACACACCUAAGGACGACAGUUUUCAUGCUGCAAAGAAAGCUUGCCAACAAGUGAAUUCCGGAGUGAGUGCGAUAUUCGGACCCCAGAAUCCACUCCUGGGCAGCCACAUUCAGAGUUUGUGUGACGCCCUGGACAUCCCCCAUAUAGAAGCUAGGUUGGACGUAGAGUCUGAAGAGAAGGAAUUUUCCAUCAAUCUCUACCCCAGCCCUUGGUUGUUGGGCAAGGCGAUUCGGGAUCUCACUAAGUACCUCAACUGGACAAAAGUGGCCAUCAUUUACGAAGACGACUCGGCUUUGAUUAAUUUACAAGAGCUUCUGAAGUUACCAGUUCCAAGAAAUGUGCAAUACGUGUUCCGCAAAACGGACCAAAGGGGCUUCCGGGACGUUCUGAGGGACAUCAAGGGUCGCGGUAUAUACAGCAUUGUGGUGGAUACUAAACCGGACAAUCUGCCACAUCUACUAAAAGCAAUUCUUCAGGUUCAGAUGAAUGACUAUAAGUAUUAUUAUCACUUUACUACAUUGGAUGUAGAGACGUACAACCUUGAAGAUUUUAAAUACAACUUUGUGAACAUGACUGCUUACAGAAUUAUAGACACAGACAAUUGUAAUGUAAAGAAAGUACUCAAGGAAAUGGAGAAAUUCCAACCUGUAGGUCACAAAUUAGUUAAUAAAACUAAUGUUAUAAAGACCGAACCUGCUUUGAUCUACGAUUCUGUGUAUGCCUUAGCGUGGGGCUUGAACGCCUUGCAAGGGGGCGCCACUCUCCGUCCAGCCAAUGUGUCUUGCGAAGAAGAGCUGCCUUGGACAGAUGGAAGCAGUCUAUUCAACUAUAUCAAUUCGGUAGAAUUUCGAGGCUUGACGGGGAAAAUCCAGUUCAAAGAAGGACGUCGUAGCAAUUUAAAGCUGGAUUUGUUAAAGUUGCGACAAAAUAAUAUGGAAAAGGUAGGAGAAUGGUCCACCAAUAAUGGAUUAAAUAUCACAAAUCAUGCAGCUUUUCACGAGUUUGGAACCACAAAUAUUACUCUACGUGUCACAACAAUAGAGUCCACGCCUUAUGUGAUGCUCAAAAGCGAUCGGAACUUGACCGGCAACGAGCGCUUUGAGGGAUUCUGCAUCGAUCUUUUAAGGACCAUUUCCGAUUUACUGGGAUUCAACUAUGACCUCUAUCUGGUGCCAGACAACAAAUUUGGAGCUGAAAAUACGACGACUGGAGAAUGGAGUGGGUUGGUUAAAGAAAUCAUUGAAAAGAAUGCUGACCUGGCAGUAGCGCCGAUGACUAUCAAUUUCGCCCGUGAAAGCGUCAUUGAUUUCACGAAACCCUUCAUGAAUUUGGGCAUCGGCAUACUGUUCAAGUUACCAAAGAACAUGCCAGUCCGUCUGUUCUCCUUCAUGAGUCCCUUAGCAGUCGACAUCUGGUUGUAUGUCCUGGCUGCUUAUGUACUAGUUAGUUCGACAAUGUUCAUUGUGGCUCGGUUCAGUCCUUACGAAUGGCAGAACCCGCAUCCUUGUGUUACAGAGUCAGAUGUUAUGGAGAACCAGUUUAGCCUUGGAAACAGCUUCUGGUUCACCAUUGUGACUCUAAUGCACCAAGGUUGUGAUCUGAAUCCUAAGGCCACCUCGACACGUAUCAUAGGCGCCAUCUGGUGGUUCUUUACGUUAAUCAUGAUUUCUUCGUACACGGCCAACCUGGCCGCCUUCCUUACCGUAGAGCGCAUGAUAACGCCAAUAGAAAGCGUCGAGGACCUGGCGGAGCAGAGCAAGAUCUCUUACGGCACGCUGGAAGGCGGAUCUACCAUGACAUUCUUCAGGGAUUCCAAAAUCGAAACAUACCUUAAGAUGUGGCGAUAUAUGGAAAACAGGCCGUCUGUUUUUGUCAGUUCGUACGAAGAAGGUGUCCAGAGAGUUCUUGAGGGAAACUACGCUUUCCUGAUGGAAUCUACUAUGUUGGACUAUAUGGUACAGAGGGACUGCAACUUAACGCAAGUUGGAGGGUUGUUAGACUCCAAAGGAUACGGCAUUGCUACGCCUAUGGGCUCUCCUUGGCGAGACAAAAUAUCUCUCGCUAUUCUAGAGCUACAGGAAAAAGGUGUUAUCCAAAUGCUGUAUAAUAAAUGGUGGAAAAGUCCUGGCAUCACUUGCUCCAGAGACGAUAAGAAUAAGGAUGGCAAAGCCAAUGCUUUGGGGGUGGACAACAUUGGCGGUGUGUUUGUUGUAUUGAUGUGUGGUUUAGCUGUAGCUAUUCUUACCGCAAUUGCCGAGUUUUGCUGGAACUCGAAAAAAAGCGCCCAGUCUGCGAGGGUAGAGACUCAACGACGGAUACACCCAUGGUUAUCUUCAGCAAUCCCUGUGUGCAGAGAUGGCGGAGGAGCUUCGCUUCGCCGUGAAGUGCCGAGCUUCCCGCCAACGCCCAGCCUUGCGUCGCCAAUGCUCCAAGUGCAUCCCCGGGACAACCUAUGUCCCAGCCGCGAUGGAAGUGCCCCAGGAGAAUGGCAUCAUGCAGAUGAUAGAGAUGAGGAAAUCGCCCAUCAACUUCGACUGUGGCGAUUCCUAGUCUCACCAGAGAACAGCAACAGCAGUAUCAACAACAGCCCGCUACACUGAGCGGCGACUUCAGCGCCCCCAAAGGGGUCAUCAUCUCUGUCCUGAGUUGGACCGAAACAAAAAUAUCAUUUAGCACGCUUUCGCCGUCAUUUUCUACCCAUUUGGCAUAGCUGAAUAAAAGAAAUUCCAUCUUGAUAUAGAAUUGAUUCAGCAGAAAGCCUUUUGGAAUAUAGAUGGCAGUUGGCUUGCUGACCAUUAACUUCCAAUAUGUAACGUCAUCAACUUCAGAACGACAUUGGAAUCUGUUGCAUUUCUUGGAGAUGAUAAAAUGAUUGUAUCAUUCGUAGUAAAUCCCAUCCUUUACGUUUUGUACAUCAUAUUAUUUUGUUUUUACCAGUGAUAUAUAUAUUGUAAUCAUUCUGAUUACUGUACUGUCAAAAUGGAAUGUGCUGAUUUUAUUGUCGAUGUAUGUUUACUGAAUAUCAUUGAGGGCUUUUCAAUGAACGUUGAUCUUAGCAAAUUAUGAAUUUUAAAGAACUUUCCGGAUGUCUAUCUCAGGAAUCAUUAUCGAUUCUAGAUGUCCCUUCAUGUAUCCUGUAACAGCAAUGCUGUGCUUAAGAAGUUAAACUUUUACACUUGGGAACGUUAUGAGCUUUAUCCGACCACAAAGACCACGUUCUCGGAUGCUGAGCUUUACAGGUGCAGACAAUGGGCAAUUAAAAUAUGAUCGACGUAUUUUUAUGGAAUCCUAUAUGUAAUUUAAAAUUUAUUGUAGCAACCAUUUUAUAAUGGAAAGGCUAUAAACUGUGCUCAAACAAAAAGAAAAUCUCAUAAUCAGGUCACAAUUGAAGCAAAAUUCUCGAUAUGUUUACUUUCAUUAUGAUAGCUUUUGCGUGUACCGCAAGAGAUAAUUAGUAAAUUAUUAACUGCUGAUUUUAGAUAUCCUUUACCUCUGGUAAGGUGUUUUUAGUGAAAUAUUUAAAUAUGCUAUGAAACCUUUCAUCAAAGAUUACUGUUAUGAUGAAUUUUUAUUUGAAUAUUAGAACAAACAUUGCCUAAUUUAAAUGUUUGACUGUUUGCCAACUCAUACUCUACUAUUUAUAGUUGCAGAAAAGUAUGUCAGUAGUAACCGCUAUUUAGACUUAGUUUAGUACUAGAUUUAGACAGGUAUUUCUAACAUUUACCACUUUUUAGAUCCGAACAUGAAUUUUCUUCGUAUACGUCUCAACAUUAAUCGCAUUAUUUCAAAUUUAUCUCAUUCCUUUAAGUUCAUGAAAAUGAUUUAUUUAUUUGUGAUAUCUUUGAGCUGGGGACCAUUAUUUAGAAACUUACUAUUCAUCGAAUGUUACGAAGAAGGAAAAAGCUGUAGUAUAUCAUUUUUACAAUGUAAACUAAAUAAAAGUUGCGAAACUGGAAUCUAAGAAUAAGAAAGUAUAUCUAAUGUUGCUUAUGAAAUUAAGGAUAAGUUUGCCUGUUUAAGAUCAUGUAAAAGCUUUCACUCAACAUGAAUUUUGUCUUCGGGUAAUGUAAACAACAGUACAUACAAAAUUUUAAAGAAUGUCUUGUAAACACAUAGCAGUUCCAAUAAGUAUGGCGAAGGUUUAAAUUACAAACAUUUUAUCAAAUUCGCAUAUUUUAUUCUAUAUCUAAACCUGAAGGGCUCUAAAUUUAAAUUACAUUUAUAACCUUUUUCUUUUGAAGCGUUAUAACAGCUAUGUUUUCAGAUAACUUGAUAUCAUAAAACGUGCACAAUCAUCAGACAUUGCUAUAAGAAAAGCAAGCCGAUAGGAAUGCAGUUUCUUAACAUUAGAAAUCUGUUAUUUAAUUCCAACUACACAUUUAACAAAUUUUUAUCUGGAAAUAUGAUGCAGAUUAUUUAGUAAUACAGUAAUUCACAGUAAUAAUAAAUUUAUUCAUUUGAUGUUUCCAAAUAACGCGGUUAAGAAAUUGAUAGGGAUAAUAAUGUAAUAUAACAGAAGUAUGAAUAAUCGUAACAAGUAUGAACACGGUAACGAAUUGGAAACUUUCCCUAAAUCACAGAAAUAACUGAAAACAAUAAAAAUAAAAAUAUAAUUAUAAGUAUCAACACAAAUACGUGUAUAAAAACAAAAUGUGGUAGAUAAUAAAUAAUUAUAGUUAAUUAAUAUAAUAAGUACAUAAGCAAUUUAAAAUUUAAGUAUAAAAGCACGUAAUGAAAUGUUGUUACGGAAUAAUUAUUGAUAAUGCGUUUAUUCAACAAAUGUGAUUUAUGAUUGGAACGAUUCCUUUAGUUAUGGACAAUAUAAGGCAUCCACGAAAAGCAGACGUUAAAUUUCAGAACACGAGUAGCAUCCUGAUUUUUGUAUCAGUUGAAUUUGUAAGAUUUCUGUAUGAAAAUGUGAGAGUACUUUCUUCCAAACUAUAUGAUUUUACACGCAAGCGCAAUAACCAGUUAUAAUAUUUAGCUCAAUUUAUCUUUUUGAAAUAAGAUGUCUUCGAUAAUAUUAUUUUUAAUCCUGCACUCUAAGUAAAAGUUUACAAAUCAUUAAAGAUACUAGAAUACUAAUAAAGAAGCAAUAAAUAGAAACCUUUAAAACACUCCUGCAGUAUAUCUCUAAAAAAUGCAUUGCGCGUUUGAAUGGUCUGUUUCGUAAAAUAUGAUGAUGAAGUUUGUUUGCUGAUUUCGUAAAUAAGUACUAAAUACACCAGCACUUAUCUAUUUAUAAAACUUUGAUUGACAUACGAAUAAAUUUAAUAACCGAAGCAUCCUGAUAUCGCUAUUAUAUAAGAUGGUUUCACAUUUUUCUAAAUGUUUGAAGCUAUACGAAUAAGUGACAAAUUAUCUUGGUACAUCCUUUUAACGUAAAAUUUAGCGAAUAAGAAAUGCAUUAUCUUAGCAUAUUUUUAGAGAUUAAGCUGCCUGCCAGUACGAUGAUCCUUAUCAAUUUUUACAGUGCAGUUUUCACAAUCGCACUUUACGAUAAAUUACUUUAUAGAUUAUUGAAAACAAACGCAUGUUUAACAUACAUUAUACGCAAAACAGAUUAAAUUUAAAAUAAUAUUUAUAGAGCAAUAUAUCUCAAAUUUACGCUCAUGGAAAGUUAUUUAUAUAAAAAUCAUUCCUAAUGGGAGAUAUUUUUACAUGCGGUUUCUAUAUCUAUAUUUUCGUUUGUUGGCUUUGCCUAUUGUCAGUUUUUGAAGUUACCAUGGAAACACAAUACAAAAAAAAAUAAACAGUACGCGUUAAAAAACACUUAGGAAGGAUUACAAUAAUUUACAAUUAAUUUACAAAAAUAAUCAAAAACUCUUCUCUUGGAAAUAAACUGAUUAAAACCGGGAGAUCAGUUAAUAUUAAUAUUUUUACGUGCCAAGUUUUAAAAUCUUUUUUUCACUGUCAAAUUUGGAACGCAGAAAAAGCACAUAUUCAACAUUUUCCUCGCCACCGAAGCUGAUAUCAUAAAAAGUCUCUGAACCCAACUUAAAUCUGCUCAGAUAACCUUUAAAGUUUUUAUGGCGAUUAAGGGAGUGGGAUAGUCAGUCAUAUCUAAAAUUCAUUUAACUACAAUUAUUUAAUACAUAUUUACCUCUUUUAGAAAUCUUCUAAUCUAUUAUUUAUUAGUUAUUAGUUAUUUUAUAUAUGGUUCAGAAUGUUUUAAAACUAAAUAUUAAAG